CCCCAUAACACAACAGAUUUUGUAGGGCCACACGUCAAGACGAUGUCACGUGUGACUGCUUACCUUCCAGCUGUCCACUCUCUCCUCUUCUCUAGAUAGAGGAAGCCCAACAAACAUCUCCGCCGCUGUAACCAUUUCUUUCUCUCCAGCCUCAAAAAAAACCCUUGAGAAAAUGUCGAAAAUCCCACACGAAAUCAUAAGCGAUAUUUUCCAACAACUUCCCGUCAAAUCUCUCCUCCGGUUCAGAUCUCUAUCAAAGCCGAUUUGCUCCUUAAUCGACGGCCCAGAUUUCAUCAAGCUCCAUCUAUACCAUUCCAUCACCGCCAAAUCGAAUCACAGUGUCAUCCUCAAAGAAUGGGAUCUUUUCACUGUCGAUUUUGACACCCUUUCAGACGCUGUGGAGGUUAAGCACCACCCCCUUUACGCAGCUGGGGGCACGGAGGUGAUUGGUUCGGUUAAUGGGUUGGUGUUUUUGAGACAUUCGGAGAGGAAUCUUGCGGUGUAUAAUUUGUCUACGAGGGAGUGGAAGAAAUGUUUCGUGGUAGAAAUUAAGCCUCCCAGAAGAGAUUUGAUUACAGGGUAUGUAUAUUAUGGGUUUGGUUAUGAUUAUGUUGGUGAUGAUUAUAAAGUGGUGAGGAUGGCACAAUUCGUUAGGGAAGAUGGCGGUGGCUGCGGCGGUGAUGGCGAUGGUGGUGGUGGUUUGGGUUGUGAAUAUGAAGUUAGGGUUUAUAGUUUGAAGAAUGAUAAAUGGAAGAAAAUUGAAGGUUUGCCAAUUUGUCUCAAGUUAUUAAGCAAGCAAUUUUUUCAUGUUUUGCAUAGGAGAGGGUAUGGUGUUUUUGCUGGUCAUGCUUUGCAUUGGAUUGUCCCUCAAAGGCGUCAACUUGGUAUUAGAGAUUGUGUUCUUGGGUUUGAUAUUAGGAACGAUAAGUUUUUCGAAUUACCGCAACCCAAUUAUGAGAGCAAAGGUAUGAGCUUUCAGGUUGAUAUUGGGGUUUUGGAAGGGAAUUUGUGUGUAAUGUGUAAUUAUGAGCAUGUUUGUGUUGAUGUUUGGGUCAUGAGGGAGUAUGGCAUGAAGGAAUCUUGGUGCAAGAUGUUUUCUGUUCAAGGGAUUAAGUGGAUUGGUGCUUUUAUGUUUUUGAGACCUUUGAUUUAUUCUAAGGAUGGUGGUAAGGUGUUGUUGGAGGUGAAUGAUGAAAAGCUUGUGUGGUAUGAUUGGAAAAAUAAGCAUGCUAAGGUUGUAAAGAUCCGUGGUGGACCGAAUUCAUAUGGUUCUGAAAUGUAUGUGGAAAGUCUUGUUAGGAUCAAUGAUGGUGAUCGAAACGGCUGGAAGAAGCAGCAAGAGAUAGAUGAGGAAGAGGAGAAGAGGAAGGCAGAUAGGAAGAAGAGGGAUGAUUUCCUGUCUGUGGGGUUCAAGCUGAAGUUGUAGGGCCACCAGAGAAAGAGGAUACCGCACAGAGGCGAAAUGGAAGGAGGUGAGCUUUUAGCUUGGCCCAUUGAACAAAUGCUUUCAUUCUGCUGUCUGGUUUAAGCAAUGUAAAGAUCAAGGCAAUUAGAUUUAAGUUUUCAUGUUUCAGAGGGCUGAUAUCUACUUCCGUUUCGGCAGAUAUUCUUGCUCCUUUUUUUUCUUUUCUGUUUGACCCAGGGUUGAAACUGAAGACUACACAUGCCGGUUUGAAGACAGAAAAUGUGGAGAAGAAGGCUCCAAGCAGUGUCUACUGUGCCUUAUGUUGAAAGUAGUAUACAAUGUUAGAUUUGGUUUUAGGACAUUCUGAUAAGAAAAAUCAGAUACUUUCUGCCUUACCGGCGCAAGAGGAACUCUGGAACUCAUGUAUAGUGUUUCAAGAUAGAGAAGUUAGUCUAUGUACUUUUUGAAGUUGUAGGAAACUUUUCAGAAAUGAUAAAAUGAAGUCAUUAGCCUACAAAUUUAUGGUG